AUGAGAACGCACCGUCCUGGGGUCGCUAACGGUUCCACCCGCGGUCCUCAGGGCCUUCACGCACCUUCCCGGGGGUUCAGGCGUUUGCCUGGUCUGACAGCCCUGGAAACCCUGGCCAGCCUCCGGGGAUUCAGAACCAUCCACGUCACGCCACGCCACGCCACGUCACGCCACGCCACGCUGCGCCUUCUCACGACAUGCUCACCACGUCACGCCACGCCACGCCACACCACGUUUCGUCACGCCACGCCUCAUCACGACAUGCUCAUCACGCCACGCCACGCCGCGCCUUCUCACACCACGACACGUCACGCCCCGCUUUGUCACACCACACCACGCCACGCCUGCAGCCGCCUGCAGCUGCCAAGUCCUCAGUUGCCUCUUAGACUGAAAUGGGCAAGUUUGGACUCGGAACCCGCAGUCCGGGGGUCCUGGGUCCUGGGCCCCACAGGUCGCUGCCACCAUCAGAAGGAGGAAAGGUCACUGCAGAUGAUGCAUCAGGAAGCCAAGUUUAACUUCGCCUACAUCAGGACACAGGUGUUGGAGCUGCCCUGUGCUGGCAAGGAGCUGAGCAUGGUCAUUCUGCUCCCAGAUGCAGAAGUGGACCUCAACCUGGUGGAAAAUAACCUUACUUUUGCGAAAUUCAUAGCCUGGACCAAGCCAACCUUUAUGCAGACUAUUGAAGUUAAAGUUUUCCUUCCAAGGUUUAAACUGCAGGAGAAUUAUGACAUGGAGUCUGUGCUUCAGCGUUUGGGAAUGGUUGAUGCCUUUCAACAGGGCCAGGCUGACCUGUCUGCAAUGUCAACUGAGACAGACCUGUGUCUGUCCAAGGUUGUGCACAAGAGCAUCUUGGAGGUGAAUGAAGAAAGCACUGAGGCUGUGGCGGCCUCAGCCAUAGCCACUGCGAGCUAUUGCUCAGAAUCUUCACCAAGGUUCUGUGCUGACCACCCCUUCCUUUUCUUCAUCAGGCAUAACAAAACCAACACCCUUCUGUUCUGUGGCAGGUUCUCAUCUCCCUAAAGGUGUACUUCCUGUACAUGGAGAGUUUCCCUCUUUCAGUGUCCCCAGAUUCCCUCUGCAGUUCCAUGAGCAUGGGCCUAUAGGUGAACACCAAGUUCAAAGAUGAGG